AUGGAUAAAGUGAAUGUGUUUUACAAACUUGAUCAAGCCACCCCCUGCAGUUUGAUCGGAGUAGGCUGUGCAGCACACAUUGUGCACAAUGCAGUGCAAUCAGCAGCAGACACACUUCCCUGUGACAUAGAGAACUUUGUUGUCAAGGUAUUUGGAUACUUUCACAUUUACACCGUCAGAACUGAGGAGCUGAAAGAUUUCUGUAAUUUUGUUGAGGUUGAGCAUGCCACGCUUCUGGGGACUAGCAGAACACGCUGGCUUUCACUGGGGCCUGCUGUUGAGAGGGUCCUGAAGCUUUACCCAGCUCUUCAGUCCUACUUCAGGUCUCAAGAUAAGGCUCCUAAUUCUAUUCUAAAGUUUCUUGAAGACCAAGUGUGCGAGGCAUGGCUUUGGUUUAUUCAUAACCAACUGACACUUUUCAAUGACACCAUCAAACAACUGGAGAAGGAGAAGAGCUCUGCCAUCCAUUCUGCCCUGUACCUCUCCAGUCUUAAGGAAAAGCUUAUGGAGAGGAAGGCUGCACUCUUCAUGGGCUUAAAGGUGAAAAGUCUUCUGGUUGGCUUCCAAGAGCGCCAUCAAGUGGAUGUGUUCAAGAAAGGCGUCCAGAACUUCUAUGACUGCUGCAUCUCAUACCUCCAGGAGUGGGGCUCUCCAUUCACUGAGCUGAAGUGCCUCUCCUGGACACUGCUAGAGCAUGCACCAGAGUGGGAUGAGGUUGAGUGCUCCCUGAGUGUCUACGAAGAAAAACUCAAUAUGGAUGACAUGAACAUGACAGCGUGCGGCGGUGUGGGUCCCUGA